AUGCCUUCUCAAAACUCAGAUGUCAGAGCUCUACUGAUAGUCCUCAUCCUUCUCUGGAUAUUCUUCUCCCCGGAAAGUAGCGAUCCCGCCAGUUUGACGCCGCCUGAAAUCGCCCACGCACGAGAAGCUCGUUUCCAGGGUGCCCUCGAUGUCCUAAACACCACACGAUGGGGUGAUUUCGCUCCUGAUGCACCGUCGUCGACCUCGCCGCGGCCUCCUACCGAAACCGAUGAACCAGCUGGCGAAAUUGGAAAGGGGAAUGGCGAUAAUCAUGAACAGGGCCUUCGGUUUCUGAACAUUACGGGGUUCAGCCAACUUGAUGGGAAGGGGUAUGCGUGGGAAGACCUCGGUCGGUUCAGAAAUCGCUGUCGCGAAUGGAGUCGGAACGCUUUCCCCUCAGCCGCCACCGUUGGCCCGCUGGACGAUGAUAGCUGGGAGCCCAGUAUGGUGGGUGGGACAUGGAAGAAUGCUACGGGCACUCUGCAUGGCACUUGGGUACGACGACCGGGAACCGUUGUCAGACAAGCCGCGGAAUAUAACCUCAGUGCCAUUGCGCCAGGGGCGACUUGGCCUAGUAGCCUUGGUGAAUGGGGUAGAAACAUCACCGGUGACCAUGGCAAGAUUGAGUUGCGCAUAGACGAGGAUGAAGGGGAUGGGGUUUACGAAGAGAAGGUCGAGGGCAAAACUUCAAGGGGUGCAAGUCUGGCGAGGGAGAUUCAAGCCGUGGCUACGAUCCAGGAUGAUGCAAGCGAGGCUAGCAGCUGGAGCUUGUUACUCCACGGUGUUCACUGGCCACGGCAAGGCGCUAUUCUUUUGACCACCAGCAGCGAGAAGUUUGACGGCAUUUUCGGCCUUCCCCAUCUGGCGCCAGGCCCCAGCUUCUUCCAUACCGGCCAGCAUUUGCUGAAUGAGACGCUGGGUAAAAUCAUUCAAGCCAGGAAGAAGAGCAAAUAUGGCUUCCCAGGCAACCCAUGGGGCUCGAGGAUGGAGGACGACGACAGCUUCCCUGCACAAUGCGAAUAUGUCAUGUACCUCCAAUUGCAACCGCUAGAGUUCUCUCGUCGGUACGAAUCUCCCCAGCUGCUCGAAUCCUACAUCGAGGAGCUUGAGCGCGAGUUGCGCCAUCCCACAGGAGCGCCCAUUGGUAGGAUUCCCGAUCUGCGUGCGUCUAUGGUGGCAUGGUCUCCCGACUGCUCGUUUUUCCUGGAGUCCAAGGGCCCGCCCGAGUUUCCUUCGGUCGACGGAGAGCAUCUUGUCGGCAUGAAGGAGGCCAUGUUCACCUACACGGCCAAGGAAUGGUUGAUUGCGUUUGCUGCUGUCAUGUUGGGUCAGAUUUGGCUCUUCAAGGAACAGAUGAAGCAGUCAAAUACGCCGUCUACUACCGGGCGGGUCAGCUUCUGGACAAUAGGCACCAUGCUAUUUGCCGAUGGCAUGAUCUUUGUUACUGCUUGUGCUUGGAGUCUCAACGCGACAAUAACACUGCUACCCUGCUUGCUCGUCACAUUUGCGGCCUUCAUAUCCAUGUUCAUUGAAGGCGCCUUUUUGUCUGAAGUCUGGAAGAUUCAAGAACCGGAGAGGAGGAUUCGUGAGCGUGAAAGAGAACAAGCUGCUGCUGCUGCUGCGAAUCGUAAUGCCUCAUCAUCAUCAACAGCAUCCACAGCACCGCCGCCAAUCACUCAACCUCAGCCACCCACAACACAGCCAGCUCCUCCUCCUCCUCCCUCUCAACCUCGCCAACCCAUCAUCGUCCCCUCAGACGGCGACAUCGACGAAGCCGAACAACUAAACAACCUCCUCUCCGGCGCCUCCGCCCUCCCCCUUCCCGCCACCGCUCGACAACCCGGUCAGCCAGCACCCACAAACGAACCGCGCCCACCAACCCCCUUCAGCACUAUCACCGGCCGCUUCGUCCUCGCCGGCCUGUUCCUCCUCUUCAUUUCAGCCGUCGCCACCUCCUGGCCCUCGCACAUCCGCUCCUUCUACGUCAACACCCUCUCCUUCCUCUACCUCAGUCUUUGGACGCCCCAAAUCAUUCGCAACGCGCAACGAAAUUCCCGGCAGGCGUUUUCCUGGCGGUUCAUGAUCGGCCAAUCCCUUUUACGUCUCUUGCCGUUUGCGUACUUUUUCUUAAGGGAAGAUAACGUCCUGCUAGCUGACCCGGACCCGUUUGCGUUUUUGGUCUUGGUGGCGUGGGUGUGGAUCCAGCUUUGGGUGAUAUGUGCUCAAAGUAUACUUGGGCCGAGGUUUGGAGUGCCCAAGGGAUGGGUGAGGGAGGCGUGGGAUUAUCAUCCUGUUUUGAGAGAUGAUGAUCUAGAAGGUGUUUCGUUACCUAUCGGUCUGGCGAGGACAGGGACUGGGUUGUCGUCGUCGUCAUCGUCGUCAUCGCCGACUGAGGAAAGGGUGAGGGAAAGGGCAUGGAGUGUGGUUUCUUUGGGUGGUCCUGCUGCUGCUGCCGCUGCUGCUGCUGAGACAGGCGAAGGCAGUGCCGCUGUUGCUACCGGUAGUGCAGGAGGCACAAGAAAUCGUGAACGAGAAAAAGAAAAAGAAAGAGAAAAACAAAAAGGCGUCACCAUGCGAUCUGUCGACUGCGCCAUUUGUCGCGAGUUGUUGGAGGUGCCUGUGUUUAACAAUAACAAGGGCAGCGGUGGCUCCUCGGAUUCAGCGGCGUCGGGCAUCACGGGUGUGUUUGCGAGAAAGGCCUACAUGGUUACGCCGUGUAGACAUAUUUUCCAUACGAAUUGCUUGGAAGGGUGGAUGAAGUAUCGGUUACAGUGUCCGAUUUGUAGAGAGGAGUUGCCGCCCUUGUAAGUUGUGUAGUUAGCUCGGGUGUUUGUUGGGAAAACAUCGGGGGAAGUAUUAGUUAACGGGUAUAGUCUAUGGGUAGACUGCAGUGUGCUGGUAUAUGUACAGUACCAUUGUGGAAAGGUUCAAAGUUGGAAAGCGUUAUAGAUUAUCUGACAACAAUACAUAUAGAAC